UUGUGGACGAAAUGAGUGAAAACCUCGUGUGAGUCGUUGUGGUUAUGAUUUUAUCAAGAACUGUUUAUAUUUUUACGAUGUAUACAAACUUUAAAUUUUUUAUAAUAUUAUGAAUUAUUUAUAUCAGCUAUUUAGAAUUUCUUUUAUACUUUCAAACAAGCAUAUCUUUAUGUUCCAAACAUAGUAUAAAUUUGUAUAAUUUAAAUAUUAUUCUUCUUGAUAUAAUUUUUUUUUUUUUUAAAUAAAAUAGUAUAUCGAAUAGACUGAGGAUUUUUUUUAAAAUAUUUUUUUUUUUUUUUAGUUCUGAUAUUAAAUAAUUAAUUACAAUUCCUCAUAGAAUUAUAAUUUAAUACAUAAUUCACAUUUGUUAAAUUGUUUUUAUUUGCCUGUUCAAACUUUUGUUCAACAAUCAAACAAAUUUUUAUUUAUUUAAUUAAUAAUAGUGAUCAUAUAAGUUAAUAGUAGUUCGAAGAUUAUAUGUUUAGAUCAUUAUCUAUACGCUGUAUAACUAUUCGUAAUAUGAGUAUAUUUACUCAAUGUUUAAAUCCCAUUACGGGUACUGCAACUUGGGAAGAGAAAGAUCAAGAUUAUGAUUAUCAUCAAGAAGUGGCAAGAUCGGCAUUUGCUGAUAUGUUGCACGAUCAUGAAAGAAAUCAAAAGUAUUAUAUUGCUCUUGAGGCUGCCAUUAAAAACAAACAUGAUGCUGGACAAGAAGCUAAUGUACUUGAUAUAGGUACUGGUACAGGUUUGUUGUCUAUGAUGGCAGCAAAAUGUGGAGCAGAUAGUAUAACAGCAUGCGAGGCAUUCAGUCCAAUGGCUAUGUGUGCUGUAACGAUUAUAAAAGAAAAUGGCUUUGCUGAUAAAAUAAAAUUAAUACAUAAACGUUCCACGGAAAUGACAGUGGGUAAAAAUGGUGAUAUGCCAAAAAGAGCAAAUAUUUUGGUGACAGAAGUAUUCGAUACCGAACUUAUUGGAGAAGGAGCAUUAUCCACCUUUCAUCAUGCUCAUGAAACAUUACUUGAAAAAGAUAGUAUAGUAAUACCAAAUAGUGGUACUAUGUGGGCACAAGUUGUUGAAAGCAAGUCCGUUUGUGCAUGGAAUAGAAUAGAAUCGAUCAGUGAUACUGAGACACAAAAAAUUCUUAUAAAUGCUCCAUUAUGUAUAAAAUCAUGUUCUGGGGCUGCAGCUGUACACGAUAUUCAAUUGUCACGUCUUCCUCGUGACGAAUUCAAACCAUUAUUACCACCACAGCCUAUGUUUAGAUUUGACUGGUCUGGAAAUACACCUUUGAAAUAUAAUGAUAGGAUGUGUUUAGACGUUUCACCAAUUGACAGUGGUACCGCUCAUGCAAUCUUCUUGUGGUGGGAUUUAAAUAUGGAUACAGAAAAGAAGGUUUUGUUAAGCUGCGCACCUGUAUGGGAACAUCCUGAGAUUAAAAAGUUGCCACAUAAUAAUGUAAAUUUUAAUGAAUUAGCAGAUGUAAUACCAUGGAGAGAUCAUUGGAUGCAAACUAUUUAUUAUCUUCCAUCAGAAGUACAAAUAAGUGUUAAUAACAAUGUUAGCCUUGUUGGUUAUCAUGACGAAUAUUCUUUUUGGUUUGAUAUAAAAAAUGGUCCAAUAAUAGAUAUACCGAAUUAUGAUAGACCAAUAUGUAGUUGCUGUACACACAUUGCUUACUCCAGAACACGUAUAGGUCAAUUAAAUGACAAAGAACGGAAUAACAAAUAUAUAGAAGCAUUGUCUAAGAAGGUUAAACCAAAUACUACUUGUCUUUGUUUCUCAGAUGGAUGUUUCUUAGGCUUAGCUGCUGCACAACUAGGUGCAAAAAAAGUAUAUAUAUUAGAAACAAAUUUUUUGUCUCAAAAAACUAUUGAAAUGUUUAUAAAGACAAAUAACCUUGAAGACAAAAUAGAAAUUAUAAGUACGGAUAAGUUGCCACCAGCUAGUAUGAUAGAUUUAAUUUUUGGUGAGCCAUAUUUCAUCAGUUCUAUUGUACCAUGGGAAAAUCUUCGUUUUUGGUAUCUUGCUUCACAAUAUUCAUCACAAGUUCAAAAAUUACCUAUAGCAGCUACAAUAAAAGCUGUUGCUGUUGAAUUUAAAGAUCUACAUAAAAUCCGAGCACCUCUUGGUGUGUGUGAAGGUUUUGAUUUAUCUAGUUUUGAUAAGCUUGUUCAGGAAUCCAGUGACAAAAGUGAUAGUCCUGUAGAUGCACAACCUCUUUGGGAAUAUCCAGCUCGAGCUUUGACAUUGCCUUUCACUGUUAAAACAUUUGACCUAUCUACAAAUGUUCAUGAUCAAAAACGUAUUCAAAUAUCGGAUGACGUUCCUAUUUUGCAGAGUGGCUUAUGCAAUGGAGUUGCAUUGUGGGUGGAUUGGCAAUUAGAUUCUGAGAUAAGUGUAUCUUGUGGCCCCACUCAAGAAAUAGUACCUGGUAAAAGAAUAUCAUGGGACAGAUUUACUAGGCAAGGUGUACAUAUCUUUCGAAACAUUAAGAAUGUUUCAUGUACAGACAUAUUGUCGUGGUCCUUUGUUUUUGUACCACAACAUGGAACUGUGGAGUUUCAAUUUAAGAUAAAUACAAGAAAAGAAAAUAAGAAUGAUUAACAUUAAUGGAUUCCUCCGGUAACAUUCGCAAUUGUUUAGCUAAUCGUCUGCCUAUAAGUUUAGGGUAAGUCUUCUGCUUGAUUAAAAACUCUUUACUCUGAUGUGUUACUGCCCCAUUUUCAAGUUGAAAUCUAAAAUGCAUUUUAUUUUAUAAUUAUACUGCAAUAUAUUAUAGUAAAGUAUAAUAUAUAAUAUACAAAAAUACAGAGAUUGAUGAAAAAAAAAAAAAAAAAAAAAAAAAACAUUAAUUACCUGCAGAGGUAAUGUAAAGGCCCAAGCAUAAUAUUUCUUAACUGUUGAUUUCCUUCUAAAAUUGAAAGUGCCAAUGCACCUGUUUCAAGAGUGGAUAAGCACCCUUCGGUUGGUUGUGUUCGAAUGACAUACUCGCUUGCUGGUACUCCUACUAGUUUAUAGGCUCGAAGUAAAUAUAAUGCUGGACUUGCAUGAUAUAUGGCCUAUAGCGUAAAUUUUAUUUUGCACAUUUGUUCUAACAUUUUUAUGCACAUAUAAUGUUAGGUAAUAUUAUACCUUUGCCUGUGGCCAAGUACCAUCCAAUAAUACUAAAUUAUAUGGUCUUUGUCCAUUUGUACCUACUGGAUCCAAUUUAUUCAGAGCCAUAGCACCGGGUGAUGGAUACAAUAAAAUUGUAUCUUUGUCAUUUAAAAUUUCUGCUAAACCUUCGUGUUUAGGCAACGGAAAUUUUUUCCCUCUAUAAAUUGAAAUAUCAAUUUCAAUUUGUGUUUCUUUACUUUACAAUUAUUAUCCUACCUAAAAGUCAUACACUUUCCAUCUUCUAAACCAAGUGCUAGCAUAGGAGCUGUACGUAAACAACGUUUUACUUCUGCUGGAUGCUGUAAAAUGAUAAUCCUAGAUUCAGGACGUAAUCGUUGUUUUGGAAGUCCAGGACACCAACAUACUGCUACCGGUCUUCUAUAGGAAAAAAAUAUAAUGAUUAAUAAAACUGAAUUUUUUAAUGAUCUCUUUUAUAGCUACAGAAUUUUUUCAAUAAUAUUGGUUAAAAUACUUCAAUGU